AUCAGUCCCCUGUUCAGUCUCCUGGAUUACAAGUUUGUGUGAUUGAGGAGUUUAUUCAGUAACUGUAUUUUGGUACCUGUUUCACUCUUUGAAUUGUUUUGAAUCUCAGGCAAACUACUGGACUUUUUCUUAAAAAUAUAAGUUGGGAAUUUGAAAUCUGUUAGUCUAAACCAGUCGCAUUUCCUGCAAUCCUUAGAAGUUCUGAACUGUCAGCAUGCAUUUGAAAACUGGAUUAAUAUUUCUUGUAAUUUGUCUUGCUCUCCAAGUUCAAGGAAGAAAAGAAAUCCCUAAUAAAAUAAACCACGAUGAAACCAAACAUCUUAGUGAUCCCUCAGGGUCAGAGAAAACAGAGAAAACAACAAAGAGGUCCAGAGUGUCGACCAUCAGAAGGAUGUUUGAUAUGGCAAAGCAUCGAACAAAGAGGUCAUCUAUUUUCUCAACGGGUGUGAAAGUCUGUCCACAAGAAUCAGUGAAGCAAAUUUUAGCCAGCCAUCAAGCUUAUUAUCGGUUAAGAGUUUGCCAGGAAGCUGUAUGGGAAGCCUUUCGGAUCUUUUUGGAUCGAAUUCCUGAUACAAAUGAAUAUCAGAACUGGGUCACUGCCUGCCAGCGAGAAACCUUCUGUAUAUUUGACAUUGGCAAAAACUUCAGCAACUCUCAGGAACAUCUGGAGAUAAUUCAGCGGCGAGUAAAACAUAGAACCUUCCAGGAAAGGAAAGAUGAAAUAUCUACAGAAAAGACAGGUGGCAAAAAGCACGAGGACAUUUCUUCCCUUUCUACAGCAGGUGCCCCUAACAUAUCUCCACCUCCAUAUGCAUCAGCUUCUAAUGGCACUCUACGCAACGAAAUUGUCAAUGACACAAAGACUCCUGUGAAGGGGCUGGAGCCAGAAGUCACUAAUACAGUCCCUGAACUCCCAGGGGAGCAGAUGGUGGAGUUCAGUGUCACUCUCAUCAAUCACGAGUACACACCAGAGCUGAGCGAUCCCAAUUCCCCACAGUUCCAGGAGCUAGCAGCAAAAAUUCAACAUCAGAUGCAAAAGAUAUUUGAGAAACUUCCAGGAUUCAAAGAAAUUCAUGUGUUAGGAUUUAGACGGAAUAUGGAUAAAGAUGGGUCAAGCAACACUGAAGUACGGUAUGUUGUGAAUUUUGAGAGAGACAGCUCAGAAGUGAAAGAUCCUGAGGACGAUCUCUCAACUAUUGGCUCCAAUAAAGUUGAAAAUGAAAAAAGCCCUCAUAGUACAAAGGAAGGGGAGGGGAUACCAGGAAUUAAACUCUCAGUACCAGAACUUCAGCAGUUGGUUGCCAUGGCACUACAGGAAGACCAGUCCUUGAUAAUGGACCUUGGAACACUUCAGUUUACUGACGAAGCUAUUAUACAAUCUAGUGACUCAGCCAAUGACAUUAAAUCAGGGGUCACUAUUGCUCCAGGAGGCACUGACUCGGAUGAUGGCUUGAGUGCUGAACUCCCACUAGGCUAUCCUAGUCCAGCAUUGGUGGAGCAGACAGGAGACAGUUUGAUUAGUGACUAUAUCACUGGAAGCCCUGUGCUAAGUGGAAAUGUCAGUGUCCCUGAUCAUUUCAUUUCAUCUAAUCCUGCAUUUCCUUCCAAAUCCUCAAGCGACUGGUCUAAAGACAAAACUGUUACAGAACACGAUUUGGACUCGUUGAAGGACAUUGAAGACAUGAACAUUAUUAUUGACACCCAAACCUCUACUGUGCCUUUCAGUACUCAGGAUAGCACCAACGGCCCUUUAAAAUCAGAGGACUCUGAUUUACCUCCUCCAGCAGAUGAGUCCGCCAGCAAUGAUUUAAGCAUAAGACAAUUUGAAGUCCCAACUGAGCAGGUUGUCACACUGGCAGCUUAUAGCACACCAUCCAACUUUCUGCAACCAAGUGAUCAGAAGAGCGAAGCUGAAAGGAAGAAAGAAGAGUCCAUUAAGGGAGCCAACCAGGAAAGUCUGUCUGGAGAAGCUGUAAAGAUCAUAGAUCCACCAGAAUCAUCAGGUGAUGAUAUUUUACCCAAAGACAGAACUUUGCCUGUCUUUAUUGAUUCAAGUGACAACUCCAUCUCCCUGCCUGAAGAAGCCACCAUGGCCAUAUUACCCACUGACCCAAACACACUACUGCCAGCAGUGACCAGUCCAUCUCACAGCCACUCCAUUAUCAUAGACCAGUCCUUUGAAAUAACAGGUUCACCAACACCAGCAGCUGAGAGCGGCAUCACUACUGGCUUCGAAACAGGAGUGCAGGAUAUUGCUGCAGAACUGGAUGGAGUCAACCCAAUGAGCACAGCAACAAUGGAUGAAGUGGAGUAUGGCAGCGGAUAUAUUUCCGUGUCGGAGAGCCAACCAGCAGAAUCUACCCCAGCUCCUUCACUGAAGUAUGUGACCACUAGCUUGAUGACAACAGCAGCCAAAGGCAAAGAGCUAGUGGUUUUCUUCAGCCUGAGAGUAACCAACAUGCUUUUUUCCGAUGACCUCUUCAACAGGAGUUCUCUGGAAUACAGAGCACUGGAGCAACAAUUCAUGCAGCUGCUGCUUCCAUAUCUUCAAUCCAACCUUACAGGAUUUAAGCAAUUAGAAAUACUUAACUUCAGAAAUGGAAGCGUGAUUGUUAAUAGCAAAAUGAAGUUUGCUAAGACAGUUCCAUACAAUAUCACGGAAGCCGUGCACUGCGUUUUGGAAGAUUUUUGCGAUGCUGCAGCCCAGCGCCUCAAUUUGGAAAUUGACAGCUACUCUCUUGAUAUUGAACCAGCUGAUCAAGCGGAUCCAUGCAAAUUCAUGGCAUGUGAUGAAUUUUCACAGUGCAUAACCAAUGAAUGGACAAAAGAGGCAGAUUGCCUUUGUAAACCUGGUUAUGCAAGCAGAGAUGGACUGCCAUGCAGGAGUCUCUGUGAGAUGGAGCCUCAUCUGUGUGUUAAUGGUGGAAAAUGUGAAUUAGUUCCAGGAAAAGGAGCUGUCUGCAGAUGCCCUGUACGUAGGCACCGGUUUUACCAUGGGGAGCGCUGUGCAAAGUUUGCUCCAGAACCUAUACAACCCUUCAUUUUAAAAGCUGUGGUUCUUAGCUUAUUAAGCCUUGUUUUUCUUGUCAUCAUAUUAAUUGUUAAGGCAAGAAGAAAAUGCAAAAGCCAGAUCAACUUGGAAGGUCCUGCUCCCAACAACUGUGGCACAGAAAAUGCUGUACGAAUUAAUCCCAUUUUUGAACAUGAUGAACACAUCACUAGUUUUUGCCAUAUGCCUAGUAGCGUAAGUGCUUGUGUCAGUCCUUCAGUGCUCAUUGACCAAGGAACUUUACACAACUGUGAAAACCCAACACAGUGUGAAGGUCACCAGAUUAUAUUACAAAACCAAGACUGACAAGUUAGUGUCUGAAAUUCUGAAGUUCCAGCAUCAUCCAGAUCAGAUGAAGGUAUUCAGAAACAAGUUCUGCAUUAUUCAAGACUGGAGUUCAGGUUAAUCUAUAUAUGGACAAAUUUGGGAAAUACAGAAAAUCUUACAAUUUUGUCUUGAAUCUGGAGCACACAUCAUGUGGAAGUCAGUUUUUGUUAAUGGAAAGUCGCAGCCACUUUGCUUAGUGCAACAAUCUAAAAUUUUACCAUGAAUAAAAUAUUAAAAUGCAUUUAUAAAGUAUAGUACUUAAUGAUUUUAAUUCAUUAUUUCAAAGCUAAGGGACACAAGCAGACAUCAGCUGGGGUUAUAUUCCACUCUCAGAAUGAGAACCAGGUAAAAACCAUUCCAGCCUGUAUUUUUUAUUAAUAGGCUUGGAAGUAUUAGAUUUUUAUCAGUAAAUUUCAGUUUCAGACAAAAAUAUAGAUCAAUAAUAAACGUUUAUGGAUAUCUAAUAAAAGAAAAAAUGAGAAGUUCCCAAGCAGCAGUUAUUUGUCAACAUUGCGUGUCAAAAUAUAAAGUGUUUUAACAGUUACAAAGCUUUAAAUAAUUGACUCAACAUCUACUGUCAUUAAAUUAUUAUUGUCUGGACACACCCCCAAUAGAACUUUGUAUAUUUCAUUGUUUAAUUCAUGGCAAAAAGGUCUCUUAUUCUGAGAUUUCCCAAUUUUGGAUGGAUUGAGAUGAUUGCCGUUUUCCUUAAAGUGGGCUUUCCAGGCACAAAGAAACAUUCUGUAACUUUUAUAAUGUACAUAAGAGAUGUGUUUAUGAUUACUCUAUGGUAACAAAUAGAGUGUACACACACACACACACACACACACACACACACACACACACCAUAUAUUCAAUAUAUACUAGGGCUAUCAAUUCACAUGCAUUACCUCCUGUUACUAAUGCAGGGCAGGAUUAAUUUUUUUUAAUGCAUUAAUCGCAGGCGUUCAUGCUGCACUGCCCCUUUGAAGUGCCACUCCAGAGUCCCCAGAUGACCUUGGGCUCCACUGCCCCUUUGAAACGUGCGGAGGCCGUGUUUCAAAGGGGCAGCUGCCUCACAGCUGAGCAGGGAUAAGCUGUGCAGUGGCUGCCCCUUUGAAAUGCCGCCUCCCAGGGCAGUGGAGCCCAGGAUCAUCUGGGGACUUCCCAGCUGAUCCCGGGCUCUGCACAGUAUUUCCCCAGAACCUAUGUUCAGCUAAGUUGUCCCCAGAUGACCCUGGGUUCCGGGGAAGUGCCACACAGACCCAGGAUCAGCUAGGGACUCCCCGGCUGAUUCUGGGUUCUGGCAAAAUGCCACAGGGAGUCUGGGAUCAGUUGUGCGGUGGCUGCCCCUUUAAAAUGCCACCUCUGGUGUUUCAAAGGGACAGCUGCCAUGGAGCCCAGAGUCAGCUGGAGACUGCCUAGCUGAUCCUUGGCUCUCUGCAGCAGCAGAACCCGGAAUUAUCUGGGGAGUCCCCAGCUGUCCCCGGGCUCCACUGCCCUCUUUGAAAUGUGCAGACAUGGCAUUUUAAAGGGGUAGCUGCCCUGGAGUCCA